CCGUUAUCAUGCUGCGUGGAAGCCGAAGUCGCACCUCCCGCGUGGCCCCUCUGGCCAGCCGGGCAUCACAGAUGAGAGCUGCGCCCCGGCCAGCACCAGUGGCUCAGCCACCAGCUGCAGCUCCGCCAUCUGCUGUCGGUUCCCCAGCAGCUGCCCCCCGCCAGCCUGGCCUCAUGGCCCAGAUGGCGAGCACUGCAGCUGGUGUGGCCGUGGGCUCUGCUGUUGGCCACACUGUUGGUCAUGCCAUCACUGCGGGCUUCAGUGGAGGAAGUACUGCUGAGCCCGCAAGGCCUGCUAUCACUUACCAGAAGCCGCAGGGAACUCAGCCAGCUUACCAGCAGCAGCACCAGUUUGGGCCUUGCCACUAUGAAAUAAUAUAA